UCUGUAUCUUCUUUAUCAGUCAUGGCUUCCUCCAGCAGUUUCCUGUCUGAAGAUCAGCUCCAGUGCUCCAUCUGCCUGGAUGUGUUCAAGUAUCCAGUCUCUACUCCAUGUGGACACAACUUCUGCAUGACCUGUAUCAACAAGUACUGGGACACCAGUUCAUACUGUCAGUGUCCAGUAUGUAAGAAGAAAUUUCCUCGAAGACCUAAACUACAAGUAAAUACCUUCAUCUCUGGACUGGCUGCUCAAUUCAAUAUGACAGUUCAGAUCAUAUCAAGCAGCACUGCAGGAAAACCUACCAAAUCUCAGGUGUUUUGUGAGGUCUGCAGUAAGAUGAAAUGUAAAGCUCUGAAGUCCUGUCUGAUCUGUGUGGCCUCUUACUGCAAGAUUCACCUGGAACCUCAUCAGAUAGUUCCUUUAUUAAAGAAACACAAACUAAUAGAUCCUGUGGAGAACCUGGAGGAUUACAUCUGUCAGAAACAUGAGAGACCUCUGGAGAUGUUCUGUAGGGACGACCAGACAUGUGUGUGUCCGUUCUGCAGUAACACAGACCACAAGAACCACAACACAGUUCCUAUAGAGGAGGAGAGUGCAGAGAAGAAGACUCAGCUAGAAGCAACACAAGCAGAAGUUGAGCAGAUGAUCCAGGACCGACUGAAGAAGAUCAAGGAAAUCAAAGAUGCUGUAGAACUUAAUAAAAAAAACACAGAGAAGGAGAAAGCUGACAGCAUGAAGAUCUUCAGAGCUCUGAUACUCAUCAUUGACAGAAACCAGGCUGAGUUUCUGAAGGUGAUGCAAGAGAAUCAGAGAGCAGCAGAGCGUCAGGCUGAAGAGUUCAUUAAAGAUCUGGAGCAGGAAAUCACUGGGCUAAAGAGGAGAAACACUGAGCUGGAGCAGAUCUCCAACACUGAGGAUCAUCUCCACCUCCUACAGAUUUACCCGUCCCUGUGCAGACCUCCACCCACCAAGAACUGGUCUGAUGUCAGUAUUCAGCCUCAUCUGGAUGUGGAGACUCUGAGGAGAGCUCUGUCUCAGCUUCAGAAAUGUGUUGAUGAAGUAAUGAAGAUGAAUGUCAGAAGGGAACUAAAGAGAAUUCAACAAUAUGCAGUGGACGUGAUUCUAUAUCCUGAUACAGCUCAUCCUGAACUCAUCCUGUCUGAUAAUGGAAAACAAGUUAAACAUGGAAACAAACGACAGAAUCUUCCUAAUAAUCCAGAGAGAUUUGACCAAUGUCCCUGUGUGCUGGGAAAGGAGGGAUUCUCCUCAGGGAGAUUUUACUAUGAGGUUCAACUUGAAAGGAAGACUGAGUGGGAUUUAGGAGUGGUUAGAGAGUCUAGUAACAGGAAGGGAAAGAUUACAGUAAGUCCUGAAGGAGAAUGGUCUGUGUGGUUGAGAAAUAAGACUGAAUAUUUGGCUCUGGAUUCUCCUCGUGUCCCCCUCUUCUUGAAACAGGCUCCUCAGAAGGUGGGGGUGUUUGUGGAUUAUGAGGAGGGUUUGGUCUCCUUCUAUGAUAUUGAGAAUGAGUCUCAUAUCUACUCUUUCACUGGUCAGACUUUCACUGAGAAACUUUAUCCAGUAUUCAGUCCUGAGCUCAAUGAUGAAGGUAAAAAUUCAGCACCACUGAUCAUCUGCCCUGUUAGUCAAGUGCAGUCCUAA